AUGGGUGUUCUUGAUCACGUCUCUGAAUACUUCGAUUGCUCCCAUGGAAGCUCCAAGAGACACAAAAGUCUACAGACGGUGGAUGUGAGAGUCUUGAUAGAUUGUGAAGGAUGCGAGAGGAAAGUGAGAAAUGCCUUAGAAGGAAUGAAGGGAGUGAGAGAUGUAACCAUCGAGCCAAAUGCUCAGAAAGUGACGGUGGUUGGUUACGUUGAGCCAAACAGAGUGGUGGCUCGGAUCAUUCACCGGACCGGUAAAAGAGCCGAGCUUUAUCCUUACGUUCCUUACGACGUUGUUGCUCAUCCUUAUGCGUCUGGUGUCUACGACAACAGAGCUCCGACUGGUUAUGUCAGGAACUCCGAGUAUGAUCCACACGUUUCACGGCUCGCACGUGCCAGCUCCACUGAGGUUCGUUAUACUACGGCGUUUAGUGACGAGAACGCCUCCGCUUGUGUAAUCAUGUGA